GAAAUAGAAAACUACGUGCCUGGGUCAGUUUGACACCGACCAAGUAUCACGUUAUCACCUAACUCCAUUCAGCGCAACUACUUACCGGUCAUCGGUUUGACACUGAUCCGGUAUCACCUAACUCCAUUUCCCCGUCAAUCGGAAUCUCUUUUCCGACAUAACCAUGGCUGUAAAUAUUCUCCGCACUUCUCUGUCACCAAACGCUAAGCUUAUUCCGAAUUUCCACUGCUCUAAUGUAAGGACUUCCCGGUUAAAUCCUAUCAGCCUUAAACGAAGCCGCAGCUACCCUCGUUUGCCCCGUAAUGGCGUCUUCGCCAAGGCAAUCGAGCUCGAUCUCGGCCCUACGGAACAGGGGAAGCGGGAAGAUUUGACCUUGCUUCUGGACGUCACCGGGAUGAUGUGUGGCGCGUGCGUCUCACGAGUCAAAUCGAUCCUUUCCGCCGACGACAGAGUCGAGUCCGCCGUAGUUAACAUGCUGACCGAGACGGCAGCGGUGAAGCUGAAACCGGCUGCUGGUAUUGCUUCCGUGGCGGAGGGAUACGCCGCUGAGGAGCUAGCUAAGAGGCUGACGGAAUGUGGUUUCCCGUCGAAGAAGAGAGCGUCCAGGCUUGGGAUUGAAGUUAAGGUGAAGAAUUGGAAGGAGAUGGUGGCGAAGAAGGAAGCUUUACUGGUGGAGAGUCGGAAUCGGGUGGCUUUUGCCUGGACGCUGGUAGCUCUGUGUUGUGGAACUCACGGGUCCCAUAUACUGCACUCUCUAGGCUUCCACGUCGGCCAUGGACCUUUCAUGGAACUACUGCACAAUUCGUAUCUGAAAGGUGCAUUGGCUUUAGGUGCCCUGUUGGGGCCGGGAAGAGACCUGCUUUCUGAUGGUGUACGAGCCUUCAUGAAGGGAUCACCAAAUAUGAACUCUCUAGUUGGCUUUGGAUCACUUGCUGCAUUUAGUAUAAGUGCUGUAUCACUUCUUAAUCCUGCUCUUCAAUGGAAUGCAUCUUUUUUUGAUGAACCGGUCAUGCUUCUUGGAUUUGUUCUGUUGGGGCGUUCUUUGGAGGAAAGAGCGAGGCUCAAAGCAUCUAGUGACAUGAAUGAGUUACUGUUGUUUCUAUCUGUUGGAGACUUGAAGCCUCUGUCAAAUGUCAAUAAACAUAAUUUGAAGGCUAAAUAGCAGAACUGUUCCGACCAUGCUGCUUACUGGCUUGUAAUUAUCAGUGUUUAAAUACCACAGAGAGAGAGAGAGGUAGGGAUGGGAAGACAAAUGGAGAGAUUCCCUUUAUCUCCUAACAUGAAUUGUAAAAGUAAAACAUGGUAGUUGGACCACCAGGCUGGAUUCAGCCUCCAGCGAACUACUUCAAUAAAAAAAUUGACAGGCCAUGUAGAGCCACUAUGCAGUAUCUCUUAGCUCAGGUGAAUUUACAUUUUUGUGCCCAUAAGUUGUAUUAUAAACUGUAUAAUGCUCUCUCAGUUCCAAAAAUAAUGUCCCAUUUUCUAUUUUACUAUGUCUUGAUGUCCCAUUUUUAUUGUCUUGCUUCCUAAAAUGGUUAAAAUUGAGCGGAACAUAAUAAAGAUGAUUGUUAUUAACUACUAAGCAUUAUUAAAUGGGUGAGAUGAAAUAAAGGUCCUUUUUCUUAUGAUUUGGGCUAAAAUGGCAUAGAAAUCUUUGGGACUCAUUGACUCAGAGAGAAGUUGUUAUCAUACACUUAUUACACUUUGAUCGGGUUAAACUUGCAAGUAUACAAGUGCCGGUGUAGUAAUAAAGUACCGGUAAAAUAUUAUGGUAAAUGUUCCCCGGCAUUUACCCCGCCAAUGGGUGGUUUCCUCACCGGGUAAAAAAAAAAAGAAAAACAUAAAAUACCAGUAAGUACCGGGUUGAUCCACAUGGAAAUGAUUGAUAUUAUAAAGUUCGGGAUUUGAAUAUAAGUAUAGAAAUGAUAUAAACUUGGAGGAAUUUGUUCUUUGGUAUUGGUUAUAAUGAGAAUAAGGAUUACCAAGGUAAUCAGGACUCACUUAAAUGCUUUUAUAGGGAUUAAUACCAGUUCUUUGCCAAUAAUUAUGAAUAUGAUGUAGCUAAUAUAUUCCCGACUCUGGUUAAGAAAGUGUGAUACACUUGUAAUUUCCGUAUGUAUGUUUACGUUUUUAGCUAGUUUUGGUUGUUUAGUAUUUCGGAAAUUACACACUUUUGGUGUAAUAGUUUAGUUUGUUGAAUUCUUGUAAUUUGUUUAGAUUAGGGUCAUUCUGAGCUCAAACAGGUCUACCAUCACUCAAAGGACAGUUGGUGAACCCCAAAAGUGGAAGGAAGGUGCAAAAUCACAAGAAAAAAGGGAAAUCCUGAUUUUGGUCUAUACUCGGUCGAGUAUUACCUAUACUCGAUCGAGUAUAAGGUUGAAACUUCAAAUCGGAUCGGAUCCGAGGACAAAGGAACAUGCCGGGAAGAUUUUGGCCACGAUUUAGUGUCUAUACUCGAUCGGGUAGACCGACAUACCCGAUCGAGUAUGCCUUUGAGUUUAAACCCGAAAUCGGUCGAGUAUGGCUCGAAUAUCACUUUCUGCACAUACUCGACCGAGUAUGAACAUAUACUCGAUCGAGUAUACCUCGAAUCUGGUAUUUCUACACAUACUCGAUCGAGUAUCUGUAUAUACUCGAUCGAGUACCCGAGCCUGCACCUCAAAAAGCCUAUAAAUACACCUCCUUUCCUUCACUUUAAGAAACCAAUUCCUUUAUACUCUUAAGCUCAGUUUAGAAUAGCAUUUCUUUAUAUUUCUUUUAGCAUGUUUAGUCUCCAAAUGAGGAGCUAAACUUCCAUUUCUUGGUAUUGCUCUUGAAGCUUGUUGAUUAUCAAAGUUGUGAGUUAUUUUCUUAACUUCUUUUCCUUGAAUAUUAAUUCUUCCUUUAAAUACCAUUUCUAUAUCAAUGUUGGGGAGUGUUGCUAAGAUGACAAUUAGUUAACAUCUUGACAUUAGUUAUAGUAAUAGUCAUUUCUUCCUCUAUGUUAAUAUUGGGGAGUGUUACUAAGAUGACAAUUAGUUAACAUCUUAAUAUUAACUAUAGUAGGAUUCAUCUUCUUUAAUAUUCUUCCUUGAGUAUCAAUUAAUUCCUAUUCAUAUUUCAUAUUAAUAUCUUGAACAUUACUUAAAGGAUCAACUAGUUUUGUUUCAUAUAUUAAUUACUACUAGAGACGAUCAACGAACCAAUGGUUAAUCGUUGAUAGUUUCACAAGUAAGUAACUUCGGUUUGUUAAUGCACGGUCGUGGUUAAUAAACUUAAGAGGGAUUAAUUUUGUUGGUUAAACCGAAACCGUUGUGUUGAGGUUAUCAAUCUCAAUUGAUUUCAUCAAGGAGUUAAAAGACUAAAUGCUACUAUCAAGUCGGUAUACGGCGUUGUUCUAUACUUGACUAAUAGUAAGGGUUAUUAAUGAACGGUCGUUGUUAAUAACUACCCUCGAUGAAUUGGAUAUACUCCUCGAUUGAGUAUUCGAGAGGAGAUAAGUUAUAGAUAUAACAAUGAUCGACUAAAAUAUAUCAACAAGUGGAAAGUAGCAAUACCAAGUCCCUUUUUAUCUUUGAAUUAAAUCUCAUAUAAGUCUUUUAUCUUAGUAUUUAAUUAAUUAAAUUCAAACAAUACCAAAACCCCCCUUAUUUACUAGUUUUACUAAAAAGAGAAUUAUUCCUUUCCCUGUGGAUACGAACUCUACUACGCUAUACUACGUAUUAGUGCUAGUAUUGAAUUUACUUUGAGUGCACUCACGACAAAGUGCACGUCAAAUUUGGCGCCGUUGCCGGGGAAAGGCAAUUAUUUUUCUUUUUAUUUUAUCUCAUAAAAAUCAAAAACAAAAAAAAAAAAAACAAAAAAAAAAAAACAAAAUCUUACUUUUCUAUUUUCUGAGCUUACAUGAGUAUAUGGAUACCAACAUAUCAUCCCUAGAGAGGCAAAUUUCCGUCUUAACUUCUCUAAUAAAGGAGUUUAUUUCAUGUUCAAAAUCUCAAGAUGUCCAUACAUGCAACAUUUGCAUGUCACACAGACAUCUUACGGAUUUUUGCCCAGAACUUCAAAAAGAAUACUUUGAACAAAGGAAUGAUGUUGGUUUCCAAGAGAGGUAUGAUUCAUUCUCCAACACAUAUAACCCAUACUCAAGUUCUUAUUCUAGCAUGUCCACUGAAGACAUGAUCCGAUCUCUCACUAUCAAUGUGACAAAUAUGCAACAAAAUGUGUCACAAUGCCCGCAAGAAACAAUGUCCAACGAACAGAACUUGGACAAUCAAGCGCAACAAAUGCCAAGCAUUGUGAACCACAUGAGCGAGGAGGAGGAAGAAGAGGAGAAUACGGAGAAAGCUCAACUGGAGGAGGAACCUCAAAACUCAACUCAACCAUCGGCCAUUCCUGAGAUCAUGCCACCAAUUCCGGAGGCUCUAAAUGAAACACAAAGGGUGGAGAAGGACAAAGAUAUCUAUGAAAUCUUCCGCAAUUGUGAAUAUAAUUUAGACUUCUCUUUGUUCACAAAUAAGCAAGGAAUAACGGUGGAGUUGCACAAAUAUUUCAUACUCCCUCUUAUACCACCCGAAUCAAAACCCCUUCCAUUGACCAUGCUUAGAGAAAAUCAUGGACCCUCACUCUCACAAUAUGAAGCGAUACAAAUCCGGAUAUUUGAUCCCGGAAAGAUUGUCCAAAUAGAGGGUCGAAAAAUAUUGUAUUUCUAUAAGAGUCACCCGGGUGAAAAUUUGAAGAAGAUGAAGUAUCACGAUCCAAGCUUGAACGAUUGAACACAAUGAUGGCGUCGUGCCGCGACGUUAAAUUAGGCGCUUCUUGGGAGGCAACCCAAGCAAGGUAUGUUUUCUUUUCAGUUUAUUUCAGUAUGUGUGCGUGUGUAAAAAAAAAAAAAAAAAAAAAAAAAGUGUAUCUGGGGACAUACCCGAUCGCGUAAUCUUCCAUACUCGGUCGGGUAUGGGUAAAAAUAGGGAGAACCGAGUUCCAUACUCGAGCGAAAUGGUCAGUAUUUUAAACAUUGGAGGCAUACUCGAUCGAGUAUCAGUAAUACUCGGUCGAGUAUGUCCAGAAAGGCAAAUCCAAAAAGAGCCUGUUUCCAGCACUCGAUCGAGUAUGGACAUAUACUCGGUCGAGUAUGUCUGGAAAAUCAACCUACCAGACCCUGUCUUGAAGGCCCGAUCGAGUAUUAAGCCAUAUUCGAUCGGGUAUUACUGGAAAACUUCAUACUCGAACCCCUGUGUUGAGUAUCCGAUCGGGUAAAUCUGCAACUUAACCCCAAAACACUCCCCAAAACACUUCAUCUUCUCCAGACACCCAUACCAACCUCGACCCCUUCUCCCCAAAACUCCAUUUUUCUACCUUCUCUCUACCAUAUCUCCAUCAUUUCCCCACCAAAACACCCACAACCCACCAAAAAACAAAAUCACCCUACUCCACAAACAACAAAAGCCGAAAUUGGGCACUAGGGACAGUGCUUGAACUAAGUGUGGGGGAGGAGACUCAUCAUGGGUAUGUAAUCUUAUUUUCUACCUUUUACUACGCAUGAACUUCUUUAAAAAAAAAAACAAAAAAAAAAUGAAGAAAAGAAAUGCUAGUUAGGUUGAAAACCCAACAAAAUGGGCAAUCUAAGCAAAAAAAGGCUUGUGAAAAAUGAUGAGUGAGUUGGGAGAAUGGAAAAUGAAAAGAGAUGCUAGGAUGAAAACCUGAAAAGGCUCCUAGGCAAAAUGAGAGAUAUGAGAGUAAUAUUUAUUUUUGCAUGCACUCAUUUAAUCUCUUUGGAGAAAAAGAGGAAGAAGAGAAGAAAAAGAAGAAAAAAAAAAGGGCAAGAAGAUGGAGCAUAGAAGAUCAUUAAACCCUAGAAAGAAUGUUGUUGUAAAAACUCAUUUUUCCCCUGGUGGUCUUAGUUUCCUUCUUUCUUGAACUUUUGGAAAACUCUUAAACCGGUUGGAUGUUUCUGUUUUACUCGAGGUCGAGUAAAGAACUAAGUGUGGGGGAGUUGAUACACUUGUAAUUUCCGUAUGUAUGUUUACGUUUUUAGCUAGUUUUGGUUGUUUAGUAUUUCGGAAAUUACACACUUUUGGUGUAAUAGUUUAGUUUGUUGAAUUCUUGUAAUUUGUUUAGAUUAGGGUCAUUCUGAGCUCAAACAGGUCUACCAUCACUCAAAGGACAGUUGGUGAACCCCAAAAGUGGAAGGAAGGUGCAAAAUCACAAGAAAAAAGGGAAAUCCUGAUUUUGGUCUAUACUCGGUCGAGUAUUACCUAUACUCGAUCGAGUAUAAGGUUGAAACUUCAAAUCGGAUCGGAUCCGAGGACAAAGGAACAUGCCGGGAAGAUUUUGGCCACGAUUUAGUGUCUAUACUCGAUCGGGUAGACCGACAUACCCGAUCGAGUAUGCCUUUGAGUUUAAACCCGAAAUCGGUCGAGUAUGGCUCGAAUAUCACUUUCUGCACAUACUCGACCGAGUAUGAACAUAUACUCGAUCGAGUAUACCUCGAAUCUGGUAUUUCUACACAUACUCGAUCGAGUAUCUGUAUAUACUCGAUCGAGUACCCGAGCCUGCACCUCAAAAAGCCUAUAAAUACACCUCCUUUCCUUCACUUUAAGAAACCAAUUCCUUUAUACUCUUAAGCUCAGUUUAGAAUAGCAUUUCUUUAUAUUUCUUUUAGCAUGUUUAGUCUCCAAAUGAGGAGCUAAACUUCCAUUUCUUGGUAUUGCUCUUGAAGCUUGUUGAUUAUCAAAGUUGUGAGUUAUUUUCUUAACUUCUUUUCCUUGAAUAUUAAUUCUUCCUUUAAAUACCAUUUCUAUAUCAAUGUUGGGGAGUGUUGCUAAGAUGACAAUUAGUUAACAUCUUGACAUUAGUUAUAGUAAUAGUCAUUUCUUCCUCUAUGUUAAUAUUGGGGAGUGUUACUAAGAUGACAAUUAGUUAACAUCUUAAUAUUAACUAUAGUAGGAUUCAUCUUCUUUAAUAUUCUUCCUUGAGUAUCAAUUAAUUCCUAUUCAUAUUUCAUAUUAAUAUCUUGAACAUUACUUAAAGGAUCAACUAGUUUUGUUUCAUAUAUUAAUUACUACUAGAGACGAUCAACGAACCAAUGGUUAAUCGUUGAUAGUUUCACAAGUAAGUAACUUCGGUUUGUUAAUGCACGGUCGUGGUUAAUAAACUUAAGAGGGAUUAAUUUUGUUGGUUAAACCGAAACCGUUGUGUUGAGGUUAUCAAUCUCAAUUGAUUUCAUCAAGGAGUUAAAAGACUAAAUGCUACUAUCAAGUCGGUAUACGGCGUUGUUCUAUACUUGACUAAUAGUAAGGGUUAUUAAUGAACGGUCGUUGUUAAUAACUACCCUCGAUGAAUUGGAUAUACUCCUCGAUUGAGUAUUCGAGAGGAGAUAAGUUAUAGAUAUAACAAUGAUCGACUAAAAUAUAUCAACAAGUGGAAAGUAGCAAUACCAAGUCCCUUUUUAUCUUUGAAUUAAAUCUCAUAUAAGUCUUUUAUCUUAGUAUUUAAUUAAUUAAAUUCAAACAAUACCAAAACCCCCCUUAUUUACUAGUUUUACUAAAAAGAGAAUUAUUCCUUUCCCUGUGGAUACGAACUCUACUACGCUAUACUACGUAUUAGUGCUAGUAUUGAAUUUACUUUGAGUGCACUCACGACAAAGUGCACGUCAAAUUUGGCGCCGUUGCCGGGGAAAGGCAAUUAAUUUUUCUUUUUAUUUCAAUCUAAAAAGAAAAAAAAAAAAAUAGUUGAAGUAUAAAGAUUUCUAUUUCUUCUGAGCUUGUUUGAGUAUAUGGUAAGAACCCGAUCUAUAAACGAAAUCAUCUACCAAACAAACCCCCAAACGGAACAAGCCUUCGAGAGGUUUAGGAAUUUAUUUCCGAAUACUUCUUCGGAAGAAUCAUCAAGUGCUAGUUCUCAAUCUAGCGAGACCGAAGAGUCAAUCACUAUGGCUCACGAAACAAGAACACUGAGGGAGCUCACGGCUCCGAAUCUAGAUCAACAACCUCUAUGUAUCACUUUUCCAACUCUUGAUACGGGGGUCACAUUUGAGCUAAAAUCUGGGCUCAUUCAUCUCCUUCCAUCAUUCCAUGGCUUACGAGGGGAGGAUCCAAACAAACACCUGUCGGAGUUCCACAUUGUGUGAAACGUGCUUACAGAUACUCGAUCGAGUAAAGUGAAAACGUGCUUUUUGUUACGUUCGCUUAUAUCCACUAAAUCAAGACUUGUGGUUACUCCUUGUGGAAGUGGCUCCUCAAGCAAUGUGGUCAGCUCUGAUGCAAUAUACAUUGAAGUACCAACUGAUGAUAUUCGAGUUGGAGACUCAUUGCUGGUUUUGCCUGGUGAAACAAUACCCGUAGAUGGUUAUGUUGUUGCAGGUAGGAGUGUUGUGGAUGAAUCUAUGCUUACUGGGGAAUCCCUUCCGGUAUUUAAAGAGAAAGGCUUGUCUGUAUCAGCAGGAACAAUAAAUUGGGAUAGUCCAAUAAAAAUUGAGGCCACAUCCACUGGUUCCAACUCAACUAUAUCCAAGAUUGUUAACAUGGUUGAGGAUGCUCAAGGCCGGGAAGCACCGAUCCAGAGGCUUGCAGAUUCAAUUGCCGGACCAUUUGUGUAUUGUGUAAUGACUUUAUCAGCAACAACAUUUGCUUUCUGGUACUAUCUCGGUUCAAAAAUCUUCCCAGAUGUUUUGCUUAAUGCCAUUGCCGGACCAGAUGGAGACCCUCUGCUUCUUAGCUUAAAGCUUGCUGUUGAUAUCUUGGUUGUUUCAUGCCCUUGUGCAUUAGGUCUUGCAACACCAACGGCGAUUCUAGUUGGCACUUCACUUGGAGCAAAAAAGGGACUUCUUAUUAGAGGAGGAGACGUACUGGAAAGAUUGGCAGGCAUAGACUAUGUUGCUUUGGAUAAGACAGGAACCCUCACUGAAGGAAAACCUGCUGUGUCUGCUGUUGCAUCUAUGGGUUGUGAACAAUUAGAUAUUCUUCGAACUGCUGCUGCUGUGGAGAAAACAGCAUCACAUCCUCUCGCCAAAGCUAUUUUAGGCAAGGCAGAAUCAUUAAAUUUGGAUAUCCCUGUUACACGAGGACAAUUAGCAGAAGCAGGCUCAGGAACAAUGGCUGAAGUAGAUGGUCUUUUAGUUGCGGUUGGAAAGUUGGAAUGGGUUAGUGAACGCUUUAGUAAAAAAACAAGCUUCUCGGAUUUAAAGAGUCUUGAGCAGUCUCUGAUGCAUGAAUCGCAAAGCAGUUCAUCAUCAAGCCAUUCCAUGACAGUUGUAUAUGUUGGUUGGGAGGGUGAAGGCAUUGUAGGUGCUAUUGCAAUAUCUGAUAAUUUACGUGAUGAUGCUAAGUCUACAAUUAAGAGGCUUCAACAGAAAGGAAUUAGAACCUUUCUCUUAUCAGGGGACAGGGAAGAGGCAGUUGCAACAGUAGCAAAUACAGUUGGGAUACAAGAUGAAUUUGUUUAUGCAUCCCUGACUCCACAGCAAAAAUCUGCUACCAUCACAACUCUUCAAGCUUCAGGCCAUCGUCUAGCCAUGGUUGGUGAUGGCAUUAAUGAUGCACCAUCUCUUGCUCUGGCUGAUGUUGGGAUUGCUUUGCAAGUUGAAGGCCAAGAAAAUGCAGCCUCAAAUGCAGCGUCAAUCAUACUUCUUGGAAAUAGACUUUUUCAGGUCGUUGAAGCAUUUGACCUUGCGCGGGCUACCAUGGCAAAAGUCCAUCAAAACUUGACUUGGGCAGUAGCAUAUAAUUUGGUCACAAUUCCCAUAGCGGCUGGAGCACUACUACCCAAGUUUGAUUUUGCCAUGACACCAUCUCUAUCAGGUGGAUUGAUGGCCUUGAGCUCAAUAGUUGUUGUCACCAACUCCUUACUCCUGCAACUCCAUGGUUCUCAAAAGGGAAAGCAACGAUACUUUCAAUGAUAACAUGUGCACUAGCUCAGAGCCCGAUUACGCCUUCCACGAAGACCUAAUAAUAAUGCUUUAGAUGAAUUGAGUUGUGGCAGCCCUAUAAUGAGGUUGGCAUCCAUAGACUUUAUCUAUUGCCUCUACGGCUCUACCUGUCUUUAAUCCUGUAGCAACGAUACGCAUUUAACAGACGUGAUUCCUGGUUUUGUUAUUAUGAACGAAUAAAGUCGCAUGUAAUGAUGAACCUAAAGUAGUAAGUAGGACUGAUACCGGAAAGUGGAAACAAGUAUUUAUUUAUAUGUAUUUAUAAAUACAAAAAUGAUCUUUGUACC